AGUUUUCCGUAAUGUAGUGAGGGCGGCGUCGGCGCAAGAAUGCAACCCCCAAAUAGAUUAGGCCGACUCGGGGUGUGUACUACAGCCUAAACGCCACCGGUACAAUUCACCCUUGCUCACGGUUCUAACGAAAUUAACAUGUGAAAAUAGCAGAAUCGAGUGACUCUUCGACCGGUAAAAACUAGGCGAAACGAUGCAAGAGCCGACCGUAAAUCAAGACUGAUCAAGAUGCCCCUUCGAUACCGCUUAACCCUCGCAGAUUGACCGGAAGUAGUGUAAAUUUGUUGUGAACAUGGUGUGUGAGAGUCUUGUGCGAAGUAGGACCUUCAAAAAACUAUUUUAUGUGAUGAUUAUUUUGUUCGUUAGAAUUUAUCCAGUAUUCAUGGAUCAGGGAGAAGACAUCCCCCAUAACGAAGUAAGGAACUGGGCGCUCAAAUUUGGAGUAGAUUUGUGGCAGUACGGCAAAUUGUUGACAAGAAUGAACGAGUUACAGAGGAAAUACCACGACGAAAAUAUUAAAGUUGCUCGAAAAGACGGUUUAAUUUUAAUCAGGGACAUGGCGAAGGAGGUACAGAAUAUGAUGAGUUUCAAAAUUGAAGCGGUUAGGAGGAUAACAGAGUCGGCCGAGCAGGCUGCGCUCACGCCACAAACAGAUAACGGACAACCCUUCCGUUACUACAAUGCCAAAAGACUGAAUUCGUUUGGUCCUGAUGGACGACCAGCUGAGGGUACCAGGGAAAUGACGCUUACGCCAAAUCCUCAUUUUGACCACUUACCCGUUAACACUAGCCUUAGUACCGUAUUAAUCCCACCGAAUGUAGAGGACUACGAUGCGGAAGUUACAAACGCGAUUCAAUGGUCCGAACACUUAGAUCCACUUUUUAUACACAAUUACGAAGACGAUCCAUCGCUCUCGUGGCAGUUUUUUGGAAGCUCCACCGGUUUUUUAAGAAGAUAUCCAGGUAUUGCGUGGCCCCCUGAGGAUAUGUCAACAGUCUGGCAACGUCCCAGAAACUCGCGCAACGUUUACGAUUUUCGAUCCUCGGCAUGGUACGUCUCUGCUGCAACUUCGCCCAAAGACAUAGUAAUCCUCAUUGACAACUCCGGCUCAAUGAGUGGUCAUAAAUCUAACCUCGCCAGAGCUACAACUGAAUCAAUUUUGAACACUUUGGGCGACAACGAUUUCGUUAAUGUUUACAAAUUCUCAGAUAUCACUGAAGAAACGGUUCCUUGUUUUAAAGAUAUGCUUGUACAAGCCAACAACGAGAACGUUCGGUGGUUGAAAGAGUCUCUGGCGACGUUUAAAUCGGAAAAUAUUGCCAAUUUCACAGCCGCGCUUGUUACAGGGUUUGAAAUUCUACAUAAAUAUAAUAGAACGGGCCAAGGGUGCCAGUGCAACCAAGCCAUAAUGCUAAUCACUGAUGGACCACCAUCCAGUUACAAAGAAAUUUUUAAAACUUAUAACUUUCCCCACCAUCCGGUUAGAAUUUUCACGUAUUUGGUGGGGAAAGACUCGAGUAGCGUGCACGAGAUGCACUGGAUGGCUUGCGCGAAUAAAGGAUACUACACCCGAAUCGAAAAUUUUGACGAAAUUAAUGAAAAAGUUCUACAUUACAUUGAAGUUUUAGCUCGACCGAUGGUGAUGUAUCAAACUGAUCAUCCCAUCCAGUGGACACCCGCAUAUGUAGGCGGUCGAGCUGACAGUUUUCUGAACGACAAAGUGGGCCAGUUGAUGACGACCGUUACAACUCCGGUUUUUGAUCGACGAAACCACACGGUACGAGUCGCUAACCUACAAGGUGUGGUAGGGACGGAUGUUUCGAUCGAUCAAAUCAAAAAAUUAGUGCCGCCGUAUAAGCUAGGGGUAAACGGAUACUCGUUCAUUAUUAACAACAAUGGCCACGUCUUGUACCAUCCCGACCUGAGGCCCUUGCAAAGUAACGAGCUAUACGAGGACACUCUAGAACCUCAAUAUAUCUCGGUAGACUUAACUGAAGUCGAAUUAGUGGAAAAUGAAAAUGGGCCCCGGGAAAACCAUUCUGUUCUCCUCGAUCUGAGAUUCGAAAUGAUCCAACAAAAAGAAGGGGAGACAGAAUUAGCAGUAAAGAUCCAUUACGACAAUGUGCGCCGCGUUACAACCAGAAGGCAUAAAUAUUUUUACACCCCAAUUGAGGGUACGCCAUUUUCCUUGGGAUUAGCGAUCCCUGAACAUUAUGGCAUGUUUGAAUUACUAGCAGAACAAGAAAUCAAACAUAGCCAAAGAAAUGUUACCGACUAUUUCAAGGGUAAUAACUGGAAAGUACAUCCCGACUGGGUCUAUUGUGAGUAUACGAGUGGUACUUCGGGCGAACAGUGGUUUAGAACGGCCGAAGAACGGGUCUUACAUUUUUUGUCUAGAAGUCGACGCCCUGGAUGGAAAUGGAUGUCUUUACGACCACGUUCACCGUCACAGCGCGAACAUCACCAUCAAACAACCAAAAAAGACAAAGAUGCAUAUUUCUGUGACAAAAAUCUUGUACAAUCGCUUGUUUUAGAUGCCAUGGUAACUGAAGAAUUAGAAAGACACAAUACACGAACAGAAGACACUCACCCUAUUGGCACACUUUUACGACAGCUGACAAGGCAAGGGCAUCAAAUUUUUGGACUAACCUUAACAUUCGUGGCUACAAGGAGUGGACUCCUUAGAUGGACUGAUCACGUCAGUCCGGGUGAAAAACCACCUCAACCGCAUUUUAGCGAAACAAACGUGAAAGCAAUGGACGAAACAUGGUACAAACGCGCAGUUGAUCAACAUUCAAUUGAACCCGAAAGUUUUGUCUUUUCGGUUCCUUUUGAUAGUAAUUUACAAGAAAAUCCGCUGAUCACAGCGACUCACGCAGUUUUUGUUGAACAUAACGACCACAGGGUCCCCGCUGCGGUGGUUGGUCUACAAUAUCAACACUCAAAACUGGCGUCUCUCUUCCAAAAUAUCACCUCGAAGUGUGCUGAAACGUGUCAUAAAACGUGUGCCAGCGACAAACUCGAUUGUUACGUGCUCGACAAUAACGGUUUUGUAAUAAUUUCGGAAAAAACUGAACAUACGGGUCAAUUUUUUGGUCAGAUUGAUGGAACAAUAAUGGAUUCUCUUGUGCAAGAUCGCAUAUAUAAGAGAAUCACCGUUUACGACUAUCAGGGUGCUUGUACUAAUAGUAAGAGUCAUUAUAGUGCCGACGGUUAUAAAGUCAAACCGUUUGAUCCUAUCAAAUCUUUUUUCAAGUAUUUGUUGAAGUUUUUGAUUUUGUUGAUGGCUAAGAUACAAGUUGCUUACGGGACUGCAAUUGCUUACGCCCAAGACGAAGAAAUCAUUUAUUCUGAUUACGACACAAAUUUUGAGUAUCCGAAUGGCGAAGAUGUAAUGGGCGAACAAGAUCCUAUUAUCCCACCUCCUUAUACCAACACACCUUCUUUUGUCCCUCCUUAUGAGUCUGAUCCCAUGGAAGGUGUCGAUAUGGGGCAGUUUGGCGUAAGACCGUGCGAUCGAAAGGUUGAUUUGUACGUUCUUCAACCAGAUAAGUUGAAUGUCAGCGGACAGAGUGACCCCUUGAAGGGUAAACUAACCAACUGUCACGUAACAGCUUGUGAAAGACCAUUUAGUGUUCAGAAAAUUCCAUAUAGUAAUUUGAUUUUGUUGGUUGUGGACACUUUGUGUCCCUGUGGGAGUAAGCAGUUUAGUAUUGCUCCACAAGAACUGAUCUACGAUACAGGGAAUGGAGGCUGUUUGCAUAAACCUAAGGAUAGUUUGUAUAGAAGACGUCCACCGAAGUGUAUUAAUUAUCACCCAGAGGUGAGUUAUAGAUUUGCUAUCACACAGUGUUAUUACUGGUUAUUUUCUCUUUUCCAGGAAAGUGAGAUAAAUAUUUGUGGUAAGGCAUCGACUACUGCUGUAAGCAUCGCAAGUUUGAUUAUCAUAAGCGUGAUGCAUUACAUUUUGGCCCUUUUGUCGUGACUGUAAGUUACAAUUUAAGAUUAUAUACCUUUAAAACGUAAAGAUGCAACUAUUGUUGCGUUUGAUAGACUACAAUGAAAUUUCUUAUAUAUCAAGUUCAUGAUUAUCAUUUAUUCAUAUCACAAAUCGAAAAAUGUAUUAUUUGAAUAGCAUAGAGCAGUUUUUUAAAAUAUAUAUAUUGACAAAAGUCGUAAAACUAGUUGAAUUUUUCAUAUAAUUUAUAAAAUGUGGAAGUAAUUUUGGGUGUAUUUGUACAUAUCAAAUGUUGUACUAUUAUAACCUGUGAUUUUCAAAACAUGAAAAUUACAAUUCCGUAUAAUUUAGUGUUUAUUAACGUAUUUGAUUACGACAAUAAUUAAGUCUGUUUCGAUUUCGGUUGGGUUUUUAUUUUGGACUGUACUGGUCGCACGAUCGCGGGGAUGGUGGGCGGAAAGUUGGUAUCUGCGCGCGCAUCACGUAAUCGCGCGACCUGUAACUAUGACAAUACUUAUAGUAAAACUGUGAAUAUUGGCAUACAGGUUACUUAGGGUAGUCAACAUAAUCUGCUGUUGUAAAUAAUAAAAAAACAAGAUCUGUGUGUCGUAUUUAGUUCGAGUCUAAAUUUAAAAUUACUAUAGCAGUUAUGUUCGAACGCAUAUUUUCUAAUUAUAAUUACAUAUUGUAAGUGCCAGUUUUUCUACUGACUUGAUUUUCGUUAUUUAAGAUGUAAGACAAAUCUGACAAUUGCAAACAUUUUGCUUUGUUUUGGUAUGAUAUGUGUCAAAGUAUUUGUACAUUAUAAGAUUAGAAUUUGUACAUUAUUAGAUACAAUUAAUGUAUGAAAUUUAUUUCAGGUAAUGUAACAUAUCUAUUUUAAAUAAUUGACAUUAAUUAGUCUACUAAUGUACAUGUAGGUAGGGUAAAUUUUGUAAUUAAAAGUUAAUUAUUUUGUAAUGUGGCGUGAAUGAAAAUGUCAUUAGUAUAGUGUGUUUGAUACAGCCAUUUUGGUUAGAUCGAAUUAUGCUAACUUAUUUCGUAACUUAACUACACUAUACUAAAACUGAGUCUUCCAAUUAAAACAAAUAAUUAAUUGUAAGUUAUUAUGAAAAUAUAGAAAAUGUAGUACUACUAAUGUAUUCAAUUUUAAGCAACAUGUGUAGAACAGUUAUUGAGCAUUGUUUAUUUGUCAAACGUUGGUUGUCUGUUGUAUGUACAAUUCAUACUAGACUUCACCAUAUCUUAAAUGAA